AUGUCCAUGGACAUUGACGAUGCGCCCGUGCCCAUGACGGCUGCUACCCAGCAGUCGGGUGCAACGAUUCUCUGCUGCAACUGCGGUGCCCCCAUUGACGGAACAACGGCGGCCGGUGCACUCUGCUACGACUGCAUCAAGCUGACCGUGGACAUUUCCAAGGGCGUGCAGCGCGAGGCGACAAUCCACUUCUGCAAAGACUGCGACCGAUGGCUGCUUCCGCCGGCGACGUGGGUUACGGCUCUCCCGGAGUCUAGGGAGCUGCUGGCACUGUGCCUCAAGAAGCUGAGGGGGCUGAACAAAGUGCGGAUCAUCGACGCCAGCUUCAUCUGGACGGAGCCGCACUCGCGCAGGAUAAAGAUCAAGCUCACAAUCCAGGACUCGGUGCAGGAUGGAAUGCUUCUGCAGCAGAGCUUCGAGGUGGUGUUCGUGGUGCACACCCAGCAGUGCCGCGAGUGCGCCAAGUCGUACACGCCGGCGCACUGGCAGGCGUCGGUGCAGGUGCGGCAGAAGGUGCUGCACAAGCGCACGUUCCUGUACCUGGAGCAGCUGAUCCUCAAGCACGCGGCGCACCGUGAGACGCUCAACAUCAAGGAGGCCAAGGACGGUGUUGAUUUCUUCUUCAGCGCCAAGAACCAGGCCGAGAAGUUCCUCGACUUCCUCAACUCGGUGGUGCCCAUCAAGGUCAAGCAGUCGCAGGAGCUCAUCUCGCUCGACACGCACACGUCCAAGCGCUCCUACAAGUUCACAUACUCGGCCGAGAUCGUUCCCGUCUGCAAGGACGACCUGGUCGCCCUGCCCAUCAAGGUGGCCAAGCAGUCAGGUAACAUCGCGCCGCUGCUGCUCUGCUACCGCAUCGGCACGUCGGUCUGCCUCAUGGACCCCCAGACCCUCCAGACGGCCGACAUCAGCUCCGCCGUCUACUGGCGCGCCCCCUUCACCUCGCUCACCGACGCCCCCGAACUCGUCGAGUUCAUCGUCAUGGACGUCGAGCUCACCGGCCAGCAGCGCGGCAAGUGGAAGCUAGGCGAGGCCACCGUCGCCAAGGCCUCGGACCUGGGCAGCAACGACACCACCUAUUUCGUCCGUACCCACUUGGCCGGCCUCCUGCAGCCCGGUGACCCGGUCAUGGGCUACCUCCUCAGCGGCACAAACUUCAACAACGCCGAGUUCGAGGCCCUCGAGCAGUCCGACACCUACUCAUCCUCCAUCCCCGACGUCGUCCUCGUCAAGAGGCACUUCCCGCGCCGCCGCAAGAACCGCCACCGCAACUGGAAGCUCAAGCGCAUGGACAAGGAGGAGGGCGACCUGCUCCCCAAGAAGGCCGACCAGGACCGCAUGGACCGCGAGUACGAGCUCUUCCUCCAGGACGUUGAGGAGGACGAGGAGCUCCGCGCCACCAUGGCCCUGUACAAGAAGCAGCGCGAGCAGGAGGAGAUGAGCAUGGCUGACGCUGACGACGAGGAGGACGAGGCAGUUCCCCACGUCAACAUGGAGGAACUCCUCGAUGACUUUGAUGAGCUGCGCGUCGCCGAUGCGCCGCAAUAG